AUGAAAAAACAACUGAAGAGGUUUAAAGGACAAGCUGACCAAUUAGAAGAAGAACAACAACGCGUUAUUGAAGUGCAACAUCAGCUGAAAACAACGCAGCAUGAACUGGCUGCAACGAGAGAACAGCUAAAUGAAUAUGUAGAAUAUGAGGUACUAUUACGAGACGAACGGCGGCAAAUUGUUGAGCUGCAACAGCGGUUAGAAGCAAACGAAAAUCAAAUGACAACAAUGAGAGAAAGAAUAAAUGAAAACGAAGAUCAAGGAGAACUUCUUCGAGAAGAAAAACAACGCUUUACUGAGUUGGAGAAUCAGCUAGAGGUAAGCCAGCACGAACUGUCUACAAUGGUGGAACAACUGAAUGAACUACAAAGACAAAGCGAGCAAUUAAGGGAAAAAGAACAACAAGUGGCUGAACUGCAAAAUCAAUUAGAAACAAACCAGUGUGAAUUAAUAACAGCGAGAGAACAAUUUGCUAGAUUCCAAAGGCAAGGUGAACGAUUAAGAGAGGAAGAACAACGAGUUAUUCAACUGCAAAGUCAGCUGGAAACAACUCGGCAAGUUUUAGCAGGAGUGGAAGAAGAGCUAACAGCAUUACAACAUCGCGAAACUGAACAAAACAGAAGUCUUGGUGCAUAUCAAUGUAAAGAGUCACGCGAUUGGGUCAUUUAUCGCCACGAAGUUGUCAAAAAUCAAAAGCUGGGGGAAGGAGCGUGGGGCAUUGUUUUUCGGGGAAAGUUCCAUGGGUGUGACGUUGCUGUAAAACAAAUGCACGAGUCCAUAAUGUCGGAUUACAACAGGCGCUUGUUUGAGCGAGAAGUCGCAAUUGCCUCUAAAUGUCGUCAUCCAUGUUUGUUACAGUUCAUUGGUGCGACUGCCGAUAACAAAAGGCCACUGCUUGUAACGGAGAUUAUGGAGUGCAGUUUACGAACGAGGUUAUAUAAUGAUGACAAUACACCUCUCUCUUCCACAGAGAUUUGUGUUAUUUCAUUGGACGUAGCUCGAGCUCUAAAUUAUCUUCACCAGAAGCGUGAGCCUAUAAUCCACCAUGACGUCAGCAGCGGUAAUGUGUUGUUAUGGCGACAAGGUGACCAAUGGAGAGCCAAAGUGUCCGAUUAUGGCACUGCUAAUUUUGUACGCCAGAGCACUAUCAAUUACGCAGGGGCUGCGAUCUAUCAAGCACCCGAGUCGUUGAACGGAGAUCCAGAUCAACCCAUAAGCUGUAAGGUCAGUACAAGAGCAGUAUAUUUCGAAAAAGAGAGGGAUAUAUAUCCCCCUUGUAUCUCUGCUGUAGUCAACAAUGAGUUUGAUAAAAAAGAGCCGGGAAUUGAAUGCACAGUCAGUUUUAUUCAAAAUUGAGAACUUUAAUAUAACUGUUUAUUAUAUAGACACGAGUGUUUUACCGGAAAAUAUACCACUCGUAAAAUUCAUAAAAACUUCAUCCGGGACCCGAGUGGUUUAUUUUCCAUAAUAUCAUAGGUUACGAAUUACUCCUUAAUUUUGGCGCGAAAUUUCAGCGUUUAUACUACUACAUGAGAAAUUUCUGCAAUUUGAUUGGCUUAGAGCAGUGGUAUUUCAGCUUAAUUUGAAAUACCUACAUGUGAAAAUUACAAACCUUUUGUGUGUAGUAGUAUAAACAAAUAAUAGCAUGAUUUGUACGUAAUUUUCGGCUUAAAUACCACUUGUGAUAUUUCANAGACGUCAUUUUGCGGGGAAACCAGUGGUGGCGUUGCGAAAUGUCGGCUGUUUUCUCUGGCUAGUUGCAGGCACAGGUUUUUUUUUUUUCUUUUUAAGGGCGAAGGGGGAAAAUAAGGAUGCGCGUGUUUCCCCUUUGCGCACUCUGUAACAACUUGUUCCACUUUUCAUAGCAUCUCCAGUUCUUCGAUAACCGUGUCCAUAUUUGGCCUCUCCCAAGGCUCUUCCUGUACACAGCGCCUCACAAGGCCUCGAUGGUAGCAGUUUCUGAUCCGCUCUAUUUGCCUCUCACGGUCCUCCUGGACUGGUUGUUCUCUGAUGCACAUUUCACAGAGGAGGACACCAAAACUAUACACAUCAACCUAAUUAAGAAAAUCGAAAAUUAAGUAAAAAGAUGUGUCAUUGGGUUUUAUUAAUCAUCUAUCUAAAAACGGCUUUUGAAUGAAAAGGAUUAUAGCCUCCGGUUUUCAUUAGAUCAUUUGCGUAGCCUUAUGCAUAGGGUCCACAUAAGCUCACAUAGAUAGAGGAUAUUACACGGUGGCGCGAAGAUAUGAAUUUUAUUUUCGAGUGGCAAAACAAUAUUUUACGAACGAGCGCAGCGAGUGAGUAAAAUAUUGUUUUUACCACGAGAAAAUAAAAUUCAUAUCUUCGCGCCACCGUGUAAUAUCCUCUAUCUAUGUGAGCUUAUGUGGACCCUAUGCAUAAGGCUACGCAAAUGAUCUAAUGAAAACCGGAGGCUAUAAUCCUUUUCAUUCAAAAGCCGUUUUUAGAUAGAUGAUUAAUAAAACCCAAUGACACAUCUUUUUACUUAAUUUUCGAUUUUCUUAAUUAGGUUGAUGUGUAUAGUUUUGGUGUCCUCCUCUGUGAAAUGUGCAUCAGAGAACAACCAGUCCAGGAGGACCGUGAGAGGCAAAUAGAGCGGAUCAGAAACUGCUACCAUCGAGGCCUUGUGAGGCGCUGUGUACAGGAAGAGCCUUGGGAGAGGCCAAAUAUGGACACGGUUAUCGAAGAACUGGAGAUGCUAUGA